AUGUUCUCCCUCUCAACUGAAUUUGGACUAAAAUUUCUGAAAAAUUUCUUUUAUUCCUUCCUUUCUUUCUUUUAUUCCUUCCUUUCCUUCUUUUAUUCCUUCCUUUCCUUCCUUUCUUUCUUUUAUUCCUUCCUUUCCUCCCCCCUUUUCCUUUCCCCUCUUUACCCCCCCCUCUUCUACCCCCCCCCCCUCUUUUCCUUAAUCAAAUGGAUAUUUGGAAUUGCUCUGAGAGGAAAAUCCAAAAUUGAGUCCAUUGACAGCCUCUUCAACAAGGAGGAGAUGGGCCAGGCCUACUCCCACCAUGAUCUACCCACAGCUCACUAUACUCCAACCGAUGGGGUAAGCUUCAUCCUUGAUCCUUCUAAACAAAGAACAAGCCAAGACACAAUUCACAUCGAGACACCAGUUCGCCACCGGAGGCUGGGACCAAAUUACCACUCUAGUAAUGCUCACAAGCCUUCUGCUGAAACAGCUUGUGCUAGCGCCAAAAUGGUUUUGUGUGACCAAAGUUUGGAAAGUUCUAAUGGAGGGGACAGUCAAUCACAUGACCUAGCAGAUGAUAGCAGUAUCAGUUCCUAUCCAAGAUCUGUUACUUCAUCUCUGAUGGGAAACUAUAGUCCUCGGUCAUUACGGGAACGUAACCUAGUGCUUGAUGGUGGUACUGACCACUUGAGUGAAAACAUCACAAAUGUGAUACCACAUGAUGGUUCUGAAAAGUCCUUCAAAGAUGUCCUGCGUGAUAAUCUUGAGAAUGAUGACAUCGGUCUGAGCAAAGAUCUUAAGGGCAGUAGUGUUUUGCUGACACCCCCCUCAGAAGAGGACUCUCCCUCACUGCCUCACAGGUCAAUUCUCCGGCAAAGUUCUUCUGUUGAUGAUGACUAUGAUGAUGAUUAUGACUAUGAGGUGAAAUCGGAGAACUACCGGAAUUUGAACCUUCCUCUCAGAGACCUGGAUGUUGAUGAAUAUUCUGAUGCCUUCAGUCCGUUGUCUCGAAGAGACUGGAGUUCAGCUGAUGAGGACAGCAGGGAUUCGUUAUCUCCUCUCUCCCCAACCUUACUGUCUAGUCCUGACCAACUUCCACAUGCUUUAAGGCACAGGCUUCGAGAAUAUAAAAGUGCAUCACCAGAGUCAGGCAGAUCCGGCACCCAACUCGCAGACUGGACCAUGAACCCCGACCCCUGUAUGCGCAGCAGCAGCAAUGUGGUUCUUGAACGCUGUGAUAGCAUAGAUUCUUCGAUUGCAGAGAUAAUCACCAGCGCUCCUCAGGAGAUUGAAGAAAUACAAGCUCAAAGAUUCCAUGGCAUUGAAGAUGAACUGCAAGACCUGACCAGCGAAAUGGAUGAAUUGAUGUCAGGUUUGUCGAGCUUAAAAUCAAAGUGUGCUCGAGUGGAAAACAGCCCUGAUGAUGAUGACGACUUGCAGUUGGACAGCCCUACACAGGGCCAGUCACUCCUUUCAAGGCAGGCGUUCGAUGUGUUGCAGCGGGCCCGCAGCCGCUGGGAAAGAAGAGCUUCAAGCCUGACUCCAGAGUCUGGCAUUGAUGACUUUCAUUCCCAGACUUUAGAACCUGCCCUGUCAUUGGAUAUGGCUGGUGACAGACUAGAGGGUUAUUCACGUAACAAUGAAUCAAAUCUUUUAAGUUCUUCAUGCUUUAAAUACGUACCUUUCUCUGUUGACUCUGACAAUAAUUAUGAUCCAAACAGCGAUAUUCUUUAUCUUAAUAAUCAAAGACAAUACUCCAGUCAUGAGGACUGUAAAACAGACGAUUUUAACAAGAGUUUUCUAAGUUAA